AUGAGGGACUUAGAGGAAGACAUACAGACCAAUGUAGAGCUGAAGUCAAGUGAUUUCGAGGAUUCUAUUCAAAGAUCCAUGAAUAUCCCAAGUAAAGAUUACUGUCUUAAUAAAAUAUCUUCUAAAGAUCCAUAUAUGUUGGAAAAUGCCGAAUACUUCAAAAAGGAGUCCAGAUGGAGGAAUAAACAAAGAGUACUGAUAUUGUCUACAAGAGGAAUUAACUUCAGACAUAGGCACUUGAUGGAAGACUUGAAGAAACUUUUGCCACAUCACAAGGCUGAGCCUAAGUGGGAAAAGAAGCAGCCAUUUUCUGAAAUAAUAGAGGUUUCUGAACUUCGUUCAUGUAAUAAUAUUAUAUUUUUGGAAGCAAGGAGACACGAAGAGCUAUAUAUGUGGAUAUCGAAGUGCCCAGAUGGGCCAUGUGCGAAAUUUCAGAUAUUGAAUAUUCAUACAUUAGGUGAAUUACGUUUGCCAGGUAAUAAUCUACUAGGUUCAAGGCCUUUUUUAUCAUUUGAUUCUAGUUUUGAUAUAGGUCAAGAUGAUAAUUCUGUAAAUACUCCUCAACACUUAAGAAUUCCACUAAAGUUACUGAAGGAAAUGUUUAUUCAGAUAUUUGGUACACCUCGCUACCAUCCGAGAAGUAAACCUUUUCAUGAUCAUGUAAUCAAUUUUAGUGUUUUAGAUGGAAAGAUAUGGUUUAGGCACUACCAGAUUUCUCCAGAAACUGAAUAUGAUCAUAACAUUGCUGAUAAACAGGUUUUAACAGAGAUAGGUCCAAGAUUUGUCCUUGAGCCAAUACUUAUUAUGGACAAAUCUUUUACUGGUCAAGUGAUUUAUAAAAAUCCAGACUAUAAAUCUCCAACUAUGAUUCGCAAUUUAUUGAAGGCAAGGAUGGGUUCUGUAUAUGCCAGGAGAGUUGAAAUGAAGCGUAGGAGAGUUGAAUAUGAAAGGAACUUGACUGAUGAAAUUGAAGAAAAACUUCAAUCAGGUGGUUUAAAUAAUGAAUUGAAUGAGAAGAUUUUGUCAAAAAUAAGACAAGAUCACAUUUCAGACUUCGACAAAAAUUGA